AUGAGUUGUGCUCCAGCCUUCUACCACAUGAGGGAAGCUGCUCUCAUAUACAUGGACAGGAGCCGCGGUCUAGAGAGGUUUAUAGAGGACUGCAAGAAAUAUAAUGAGUCGGGACAAAGUUAUGCUGUCUACCGAUUUGUAAUCUCUGUCAACCCCAUGGAUAUCACUGAGCUGAAUGCUACUCUUGGAAACUACAUACUGCAUGAGCCAGUAAGGGCGGCUAACAUCUUCCAGUCGGUGUGUGAUGCUGCAGUAAGAACUCUUUCCUUGAUUGCAGAAUACCAGACGGAGGCUCAGAUACAUGUGGUUUUAAAGGUUACACAUCUGCCUGACCUACCUGGUUAUCACUUAAGCCUCAGCGAGUUCCCCUUGGACUAUAGAUCUCAAAGACUUUAUAUGAUGGAAGGAACAGUCACAGCUAUGUCACCAGUUAAUAAAUAUACCCAGGGAGCUAGGUUUUUGUGCUCUGACACAAAGUGCCCCUUGUCAAAAGAUUUCCGGUACAUACGCAUCCACACUCCUGGGGCUACAGAGUCAGCAACUGUGCGACAAGACUUUUUUUGUGACUUAUGUGCAUCACCUUUAAAAGAAGAUGUGAAAUACAGAGUUCUUGGUGACAAACAAGUGAUUGAAUUCAUAGAUUCAGAAGCACUGCGUAUUUUCCAAGGACAGUGUGCAACAAAUGACAAUUACCGUUUCCAGUCUUAUGUAGUGUUUCUUAGAGACGAAUUAAUAGACAGAAUGAAAAUAGGAGGAAGAUACAGAGUAAUAGGUAUACCCAUAUGUGGCCUUUAUGGUUCUCAAGUAGCUGUCUGUAUAGAAGCCAAUAAUAUUCAUCCGUAUAUUGUGCGCAGUCCCCUUACUAUAUCCAAGGCAUUUCAAAAGCUUCACUCCAAGACCCUGUAUUCCCCAUGGAUAUUUACCGGUAUUCUUGCAAAUGUUUUUGCUGCACAAGUUGUUCCAGUGGGAUUGCACAAUACUCUAAAACUCUGCAUUCUGCUCAGCCUUGCGCAGACAUGUAAUGAGGACAAAGAAAUUGGAAAUCCCCUCGAUCUAAUGGUUGUGACAAAUGACACACUGAUUGUAGACCGACUGAUGAGGUACAGUAUUUGUCUUGUUCCACGUGGAGUCUGUCAUACACAUUUCAAUGAUAUAUUUGCCACAGUAACCAAAGAUGAACUUGGAACAGGAACUGCAAUUAUCCACGCUGGUAGUGCUUUAAUGGCCAAAGCUGGAGUGUGUUUUAUUGGCGAUAUCAACAUGAAUAAAAAAGAGAAUCUUGACCAUUUAUCAUCAGUGUUGGAGAGCAGGAACACCAAUGUAUUCAUACCUGGGAAGAAAUAUGGUGAUUAUGUGGACCUGCAGAUAUUCAUUUCUGUUCAGUGUAAUUUCUGGUCGUACAUAGAUCUGUCUUCCAAGAAGUGUAAUACCAAGGAGCCCACCUUUAUAGGUCAGAUGGAUUUAAGUGCUAUACCAUCACAUCUCAUUGAUGCAUUUGGAAUGUUAAUUUACUGCAGUCAGAUAUCUCACAUGUAUCCAGAUGUUUCCCUUGUAAAGCAUAGUCUGAAAAGAGCCGUAAACCCUGGAGCAUCUCUCAGUCUGGCAGCUCAGGUCUUUACAACCCAAGAUUUUGAAGAGCUUAUUGCAUAUGCAAAGAAUUUACAUGUGACAUUUACCACCAAAGCAAAUACACUGAUACACAGUUAUUAUUUGGCAAGCCGGAGAGUCAGAACCGACCCAAAUGGAUCAAAAAUAUUAACAUCGGCACUGAGACAUCUGGCCUCAAUGUCAGAAGCACAUGCAAAAUUAAGCUUACGAACAGUGGUGACAGAAGAAGAUGCUUUGGUAGCCAUUUUAUUGUUUGAAGCUUCCCUUACAUUAAAACAUGGAAGCUCUGUGUUUGCCGUGUCUCAGAAUCCACUCUUCCCAGCUGAGCUGAUAGAUGAGAAUAGUUUACAGCAGAGAGAUACAUACCUGAGAGAAUACCAUCAACAGCUGAGGCAGUUCAUAUUCACCUAUGGCCCUGCGACAUAG